GUUGGGGGUAUGAUUGGUUUCAUGAAACAGGGCUCGUGGGUUUCAACUUUCUCACCCAUCUUUCUUUACUAAAUUUUUAAAUACGUUUGGCAAGCAUUAGAAAAGCAAAGGGCAAGAAAAGGGAGUGUUGGGAAAAAAUGAACAGACUGAUGGUAAAGAGAGACACUAAUAAAAAAAGAGAGGCUAGAAUUCGAAAGCUGCCAAUUCUCUCCCCACCUUUCUUUUAAAACCUUCCUUCUACACAUACCCAUCAAAACCCAAAAAACCAUAUAGGUCAUCAAGCUCAAGAAAACGAGAGGCUCUGAGUUAUUAGUUCAUAUUAAGCUGAAAAAAAAUCAAAAUGAAAGGAAGAGAAAGCAGGAGAGCUCCAUCAGCAGAUCUGUUAGUAUGUUUUCCUUCUAGAGCCCAUCUAACAUUAAUGCCCAAACCCAUUUGCAGUCCUGCAAGGCCAUUAGAACCCAGCAAACCCCACCAGAACCGCCACCACCACCGACAACAAUGGCCCCACCAUUUGAAGAAAUCCAGCCCUAGGGCUGGUGGAAGCCGAGCCAGUCCUCUUUUAUGGACUAAAACCAGGCAAAUGGACUCGGAGUUAUCAGAACCAACAUCACCAAAAGUAACAUGCGCUGGGCAGAUCAAAGUCAGACACAAGGCAAGCUCCUGCAAGAACUGGCAAUCAGUCAUGGAAGAGAUUGAAAGGAUUCACAUCAGCAGGAAAAGCACCAAAAAAUCAACCUGGCUUGACUCCCUGGGAUUCAAGAAAGAUAUAAUGCAUUUCUUAACAUGUUUAAGAAACAUAAGAUUCGAUUUUCGAUGCUUUGGUUCCUUUCCAGCUCAAUCAGAUAUCACUAGUAAUGAUGAAGAAGAAUAUGAAGAGUAUGGGGAAUAUCAAGAAAACCAUGUUGGUGUUGAUGGAAGAAUUGACAAAGAGGAUUCAAGAACCAUAUUUUCUAAAUGGUUCAUGAUGCUGCAAGAGAAUCAGAAUAGCACUACUGGGUUCUUCGAAGAAGACGCUAAACAGAAAGAGAGGUCUUGCAAUGAUGAGUCUCUAGCUGCGCCCUCUGUUCCACCACCAAAUGCUCUCCUGCUUAUGAGGUGUAGGUCUGCUCCGGCGAAGAGUUGGCAGGAAGAAGAGGAAGAAGAAGAAGAAGAUCAAGACAGGAAGCAAGAACAGAAGAAAGGAAAGAAUUUGAAGGCUUUAAUGGAGGAAGAGGGAAAAAACAGUAAAAAAGAGAGCUUGGUAGUGAUGAGCUAUGAUACAGAUUUCUAUAAACUUUCAACUGAUAUAGCUAAGGAAACAUGGGUUGUUGGUGGAAUGAAAGAUACAGUAGCAAGAAGUAGAAGUUGGAAGAGAUGAUCAUGAACCUGGUGAUCCUGCUACAUUUUCCAUUUUACUUAGUCCUUGCCAAGCACACUGGGGAGUUAAAUUCUCCUUCCUAUUCAAAGCUAAAGCUAAAGGGGACAAUUCCUGUUUUGUGAAAGCAAUGUCGGUUGCUCGCAGGGGCUUGUUUUCCUCUUCUGAAAUAACAACAAACACAAAAAGUCAAAAGGGACGAUUCCUGUUUUGUAAAUAAAAGGACGGCCACUGCACAAAUUUCUCUUCGUCUUCUGAAACGGGUGCACAGGGGAUGUCAAAUUUUCUUUUCUGUUCAAUGUAUAACAACAGCAGUAGCAAAAGGCAACAAUUCCUUCUUUUUUUUCCUUUGAUUUUUUAAAAAUAUAUGUUGGUUUCCUUCUUCUUCUUCUUCUUUUAAUUAUCCUGGUUUAAUGAACUAAUUUUUAUUA